UCUCGGGCUCAACUGGAUGUCCAAGUUCUUUCUCCUCAUGAUCUACUCGCUGCUGCUCAUGCCCGGCUUCCUUCAAGUCAUGUGGUACUAUUUCUUCUCCCCCAACGUCCGUCGCAGCAUACCCUACGGCCGACUGCCGCGCAACAGCUUGGAUAUAUUCGUCCCCGCCUCCCCCUCUCCCCGCCCUCGUCCCGUCGUUAUUUUCAUAACCGGGGGCGCGUGGAUUAUAGGAUACAAGGCGUGGGGCACGCUAUUAGCACAGGCGUUAGAGGAACGCGGCGUGAUUGUAGCGAGUAUAGACUACAGGAACUUCCCGCAGGCCACCGUUAGCGGCAUGCUCGACGACGUGACACGUGGCAUCGGCUGGGUGCUGCAAAAUAUCCACCGUUACGGCGGGGACCCGAGUCGCGUGCACCUGGCGGGGCAGUCUGCCGGAGCGCACUUGUCGUCCGUGGCGAUUAUCAGACAGGCUCUAAUGCGCGCUUCGGAGGCUCCGCCGUCGGAGCAGCAGCAUAAUCUGUCGCCUUUCGGUAGCAACUUGCAGCAACCGCAGCAACAACAUCAACAACAGCAACAACAGGAUCAAAAGCAGCAGCACUUGGCGGUGGAAGGCGAAAGCUCGUGUUCAGGGGUAGUUGUUAGUGUAGCAGAAUCAGCUGCAGGAAAGACGGAAAUCCGUUACUCGUCUGCAUCCCUCGCUCCCUUCGCGCCUGCUGCUGCUGCUUCUGCGAAGGUUCAUCCUGUCGACGCCUGGAGGGUCAACGCUGCUGCCGCUUCUGCCUCUGCCGCUGUUACUAUUUCCGACGUCCCCGUUACAAGUUUUCCCGAGACUGGUCAUCGCGCCCCUGCCUCCCUCCCCGUUCUGGCCACUUGCGCCGACUCUGGUCACCCCGCGACCCCUUUCCCCCUCCCCGCUGCUGCUGUCUUUCCGCCCGUCUCUUCCGCCGUUUCCCCUGCGGACCCGCAAGCACCGCCAGCCGCGGGGCUGCGCGGAGAGAAAGAGGCGGCGGCGGAAGCGCUGCGCGCGGGGACGCCGCUAUUCCGCUCGCUGUCGAUGCGGAGGCUACUGGCGCAUCUGGCGGGAAGCGGCGGAGCGGAGGGGAACGAGCCGGGGAGGGGCGUUCUCGACGUGUGGGGCAGCGAGGAAAUCAAAUCUUUCAUCGGCGUCUCGGGAUGCUACAACCUCAUCAACCUGGAACCGCAAUUUGAAUCCAGGGGCAUGAACCCAUACCUCUUCCUCUCCAUAUUCGAGGGCGAGGAGUCCCUCCCUCUCUUCUCCCCCGAGCUGCUCGUCUCCCGCCCCACCUUCAAGGCUGCCGCCCCCCUGCUGCCCCCUGUGCACCUCUAUCACGGGGUAGAUGAUAUAUCCGUUCCGUUCACUGCCAGUGAGGACUUCGGAUCAGCGCUGCAAACAGCAGGGGUCGAGACGAGAGUGAAGCUGUACAGCGGCAAGGGACACAUCGACCUCACUCUCCAGGAUCUGUUUCGGGGCGGCAGAGACGAGCUGGUGGAAGAUAUUUUGGAAAUAGUGCAUGGCGUGGAUCGGCACAGCCCCAGCCCCAGCCACAUCCACAGCCACAUCCACCAAUCAGAUUCUGCCACAUCAGCACUGGAUCUUGCAGCAGAAGCUGCAUGUCCUUCAAGGCCUGCCCCUGGGACCUCCACUGGAGCCGUUCCUGCUUCUCAAGCCACCGCUGCUGCUGCAUCUCCUGCUCCCACUGUGGCGCCUGAAUCAAGUAGUUUUGCUACCGUUCAGGGAUCGAUCCCUGCUGCUGUCAUUGUUCCUGAGGAGACGAAAUCUGAAAAGCUAACUGCGCGUGCUGCAGAUGGCAUGCUUACUGCUGGUGGAGGGUGGUUGCCAAUACCAGGAAUGCAAGGGCCAGUUGCUGUGGGGCCGAGAGCAGAAGCACAGGGACCAGAGCGCAAGUGGAUGGUUCCAAAAGUGCUGCUGACUGCAGCUAAAUUCGUUAGCCCGUUUUAG